AUGUCGGACGGCGCGGCACCCGCACUACUCAUCAUCCUCAUAACCAUCCUGCGUAAGUGGCUCCAAGAAACCCUCACAGCGACAACCACGACCGCCACCAGCUGGGCGGCCGUUCCCCCGGUCGGUGUCUUCCUCGUGGCCGGUUGCGGCGCAGACCUAUUCGUCAACAUCGCGUUGACGCUGCUCGGAUAUAUCCCGGGCCACAUCCACGCCUUCUACGUCGAAUAUGUCUACUUUGACCGCCGCGAUCGCGCCAGACAUGGCCAACUGACCGGCGAGGCUGCGCCGGGCGUGUACUCUGAUCGCGUGCAGAGUGGUGGGCAUCAAGGAUACGGCACUCUAUAG